GGCCAGACCUCUUGGGAUUGGCCAAAAACCGAUCGAGCUGAGUAGGGAUCGAAUUCGUCCCGAUCCAUUUUUGGUACCUCUUCAGCAGCAGCGUCUUUGGCACCACACGUCCGGAUGUGGUCCCGCGCGGCGAAGGCACGCAGUGCACGCAGUGGCUGGAGCUUUGGCAGAGGAAGCCUCCUGGUGGCGCUGCUGGCUCUUCAAUAUGCCUCGCUGAGUUUCUGCAGGCUUCCGCUUCUCCAUCGCAGGACGCGGCUGGCACGCCACGCCAGCUUCGACCGGGAGCGGCUCAACAACGAAGCCACCUUUGCUGAAGGCCUUGUGAGGUCCUUUGAGGGCUUCUUCCAACCUGACGAGCCGCAACUUAGCCCCGAGGAACAAGAGGCGCAAGACCGGCAGCAGGCCUCCUCAGAGGCCACUGCUCAGGCGCUGCAGUCAUUAAGACUGAACGUCCAGGCUGGAGAAGACGACGAAGGUUUGCCUCUUCUCCGCGCGGCGCCGGUCUCGGUGUUGCAGUCCAAGGCGAAGCAGAGCGUGGUCAUCUUCGCAGUGCCUGUCGGCAAGGAACAACUCAUCACGGAUGUCCUUCUGUCAAUGAGGAUCGAGGCCAAGGGCUUCAGCGAGCGCAACGUGCUGGUGGCGCCGGCCAUUGUGGAUUUGACCUCGCGAAGGUUGGUGGAGCUCCCGCCCAACAUCAGGGCCUCGAAGCUUCUCCGUCAGAAGCCCAUCGCUUUGCCCCUGGAGACCUCCGGUGAGGAGACCGCGACGUGGGGCGAGGUGCUCAGCGCCGAGUUCGAAGAAGCAGAGCUCCAGGGCACCAACGAGGUCAUGGAGAUGGGGCUGGCCGUGAUCGUGGGGCGCGAGGGCGACAUUCUCCGCCGUGGCUUCGGGCGUCCCAGUUGGAAGGCCUUGAGAUAAGCUCGAAGGUCCGAGCGGAGAUAGUUGGGAUGCCUGAUGGAAGAGAUGUUGGGUCUGAAGCAACUCAGCAGAUGUUUGCACCCUAGCGCUCCUGGCCCACAUCCUCCGAAGGUCGGGACCAACCCCAUAUAACAUUUGCCCAACAGCCUAAUGGCCCGUGGGGAAUUUAGUACAUGUGCGGCCCAUCAAACCACCAGAUUUCGGAUGAAACCACCUUGAAUUCCACCUUGAGUGUGAAAACCUGGCCCACACAUUUUUUUGAUGGUGUCAAACUUUGUGGUGAAAACCACCGUCCAAGUGUGUAUGUAGAGUGCUUUUUUUGAACCUGCACCACCCAGAUUCGGCUCACGGCAGAUGCUAAAAGCAGGUCGACAUGCGAUGACAUGGGGAGGUCCAGAAACCAUCCAAAUUAUAUAGGUGGUGCUAUGCCCUAGGCCUCCAAGUACCUUCUGAGAAGGUGUUUGGGGUGGGUUUGGUCCAAAUACCUUCUGAGGAGGUACGACUGGAGGUGCUAUGGUGUGAGAUCAUCAGGGAGACCUGAAACACCGUUUUCGAAUGGGUUUUCCCUGCAGAAAGAAGGGGUCGGAGGUCUCUCGGUUGGAAGGCCCACUUCGUCUCACCGGGCUGACCGAUCUCCGCUAACCAUCCCAUUCUUUGUCAGACACAAGGGUGGGU